AUGAUUUCCGACAUGGGUUUUGAGCCACUUGAUAAAUCUUCUGAAAUUCAAUCAAAGGAGAUAGGGGAGGUACUAUCUUCAGAUGUUAGGGCUGCCGAGAUUGAUCCUAAUUGUAAUGCUGCUAGCUUUUUGUCUCCUUUGGACACCAAGGACCGUGCUAGCAAAUAUAUGUCGGGAUUUGAUGACGAUUGGCUCGUAAAUUCAAGAAUUCAAGAACAAACUGCUGAUAUCAGACUCGAUAAGCUUAAACCUGGAAGUGUCUUACCCAAUGUGCAAUGCGGUUCUAGCCCGGAAGCCACUUCACAUGGGAAUGAACAAGGAAAUUGUGACUUUCUAAAGUCUUCAUGCAAUGAUGAGACAAUUAGUAUGGUGUCAGAUGCUGACGAAAGCACGAUCGAAAGAUCUCCUUCUGCUAUUGCAGAUGAUGAUGCUUCUUCUGAUGGACCAUCGUCUGCUAACUGCUUCAGUGGCUGUAAUAUGGAUGAUGGAAGAAUGGAAAUUGUUCUGUAUGCUGAUUACAUCAAUUAUCGUGGUGUACAUUAUGUGGACUCCAUGGUGACAUUUUCCAGAAGUUCUGUUAUAGUUAAAAGCAAAACUGUCAAUGGGAACCCAGGGACUUUUCAUAUUCAGGUGGAAGUUGAGGAUAUCAUUAAAAUAGAGUCUCAAUGGUCUGAUCGUUACGAGUUUGGCUCCAUAAGUGUCCACUUCAUCUCAAACAAUGCAGUAGGAGACGAGAUUGAUAACAAUACUUCAGUACCUGGAAUUCAGGAGUUGAAUUUUCCAGCAGUUGACUCUAACUGGUAUGAAAAACAGGAAGCAAUUGGAUCUUUGAAUGUGAGAUAUAAGGAACUAUGGAAAGUCCUGCUCAAUGUUGAAAUAGAAGAUUGUACAGAAGCCACACGUGAAGAGAAAGCUUUACUGCUGUCAAGAAGCUAUUUCCCCAAUUUUCAUGGGUCCUUUCAAGAAGUUAUUUAUCCCAAAGGGGAUCCUGAUGCGGUUUCCAUGAGUUUAAGGGACAUAGAUCUACUAAGGCCAGAUACAUUUCUCAAUGAUACAAUCAUAGACUUCUACAUCAAAUAUUUGAAAAAUAAACAAAACCCCGAUGAGAGGCUUAGGUUUCACUUUUUCAACAGCUUCUUCUUUCGAAAGCUGGCCGACAUGGACAAAGACCCAUCUAGUGCCUUUGAUGGCAAGGCCGCUUUCCAGCGUGUUCAGAAAUGGACUAGAAAAGUAAACUUACUAGACAAGGACUUCAUAGUCAUUCCUGUAAACUACAAUUAUCACUGGAGUCUUAUAGUAAUAUGCUAUUUUGGCAAAGUGGCCGACUACGAAGAUCUUGAUGCAAACAAAUUAGCCAGAGUACCUUGCAUAUUGCAUAUGGAUUCAAUAAAAGGAAGUCAUGCAGGCCUCAAAGAUCUUAUGCAAAGUUAUCUAUGGGAGGAGUGGAAAGAAAGGCGGAAGGAAACACAUGAGGAUUUGUACUCGAAAUUUAGAAACUUAAAAUUCAUUUCACUUGAGCUACCUCAGCAGCAAAACUCAUAUGAUUGUGGCCUCUUCUUGCUUCACUAUGUAGAGCUUUUUCUCGAGGAAGUUCCCGUUGACUUUAGCAUACAUAAGAUAACAUCAUUGAGCAACUUUCUUACUGCAGAUUGGUUUCCACCUGGUGAAGCUUCCAUCAAGAGAGCACAUAUUGAGAGAUUAAUUUAUGACCUAUGUGAGAAUCAUACUGGAGAAUGUUCACUAUCUGUUGGCAUUGACAUGCAUUGUUAUCCUAAUGGUACCAAGACUACUAAUGAAUAUGGAAAUGCCACGCAUAUUGUUUCAGAAAAAUCCUGUCCUUCGAAGGAUUGUCAGGAGAGUUCACUAGUUGGGUCUGAAGUUGAGAUUACUUUAUUACCAACUUCGUCUUCGAGGAGUAUUCAAUGUGCCAACAAUACAGGAUUAGUUUUAAGGGAAUUUUUUGAGCCAGGAUCUGCUUCGGGAUUAUUUAGUGAUGCACAAUCUCAAGCCUUCAAGCAGCGAUCAUCUCUCAAUGGGCUUACGAGACCUAUUCCUCCAAUUCAGGAUGAGGUGGAAGCUAAUGGGCACUUUGUCUACACUACAUCAACAGAAGUUGCCAAUCAACAUCUAGAUGUAAUCAGAGCUGAAGCAUCUCUCUUUCCUUAUUCAUGUGGAGAUUUUAGAUUAGAGUCUAUUGCCCAAGCUGCAUUAGAGGAUUCUGACUCAUCUCUGGCAGCAUCAGUUUGUGAUUCAGAUAAUUUUUUAGAAAUGAAGGAUGCUGAAAAAUGUCAAUCUGCUGGAGACAUCUACUUAGACGAUAAAAUACAGGACCCAACAUGUAUAUCACCAGAAAAUUUAGAGCACUUAGCUGAUUGCUUUGGUUCGGCUUCUGGCGAAAUGCCAAAUGUUGCAGAAUCUCGUUGCCAUGCUCAGACAAGUGACCACAAUGAUAAUGCACAUUCGGCAAUCUCUUCCUCAAAGAAUUUACAGGAAAUUUAUCAAGGAAAUGAGUUAUUGAGUGAUGGUGGCAUGAAUCGCGAAUGCUUCACUGAUUGCCCUGCCUCUGCUUCUGGUGACAUUUUGUUGGAUGUUUCGGACUCUGAAAGCCCAAUUCGGAUACUGGACCCAAAUGAUCAUGUGGAUGCACUUGAGCUAUCUUUGAAGAAUUCACCACAAUCUUCUCAUCACGAUAAUGAUAUUUUACUUGAUGAUGUUGGCAUUGGUGGUCAUCCAGUAUUGGAAUCCGACAUGAAGCGUGCUGCAAAGAGGAUGCGGCUUGAGCCAGUUUCUCUAGAGGAAGAAUUAACAACUAACUUAUCCAAGGAUCUACCUUUGUGA